AUUUGCCUGGACCGAAAGGGAAGGAAGAAGGAGAGAUAUAAAGAGAGAGAGAGAGAGAGGGGGAGAGAGAGAGAGAGAAGUGAGUUACUUCCCGCUGCUUUGGCAUACCCCCAGAUCCUUGGGAAUUUGGAAUUUGGACUUUGAACGACAGAAAGAAAGAAGCGGUGUCAUUUCACCCCACCAGGCGGAUACUAACCUCGCGGACACCCGGGGAGUGAAGUAAGAGGGGAGGAUUAGGCGGUUUCCUUACUGUAAUUGUUGGACUUUUGGACUUUGAGGAUUUGAGCACAAGCACAGCAAGAGGAAGGAGAUGGGGAGAUGGACACUGCAUCUCUCUGCGGGGCUGGGCCUUCUGGCGGUCCUACUCACCAGCUGUUAUGCCGAGAAUGUAAACUACUGCCUGGAAGCCAGGUCAGGCACCUGCUCAGAGUGCAUCCAGGCUUGGACAGGCUGCGCCUACUGCCCGGACGAGAUGUAUAAAGGCCCGCGGUGUGACCUGUUCGAGAACAUCAUUGCCCAGGGCUGCAGUACAAGCACAGUAAUUACGGCUCAGAGCAGCAUGAAAAUAGAGCGUAAAGAGCAGAUUAACGCUAAACUGCAGAAGUCCCAGGUCUACCCUCAGCUGAUGAGCAUGUCCUUCCUCCCCGGAGAGGAGAAGGUGGUGAAUAUGGAGGCCUUCGCUCCGAUCAAAGGUCCCCUGGACCUCUACAUCCUCAUGGACUUCUCCAACUCCAUGGCCGACGACUUGGACAACCUCAAGAAAAUGGGCAAGCAGCUGGCCACAUUGGUGGAGAAGCUGUCAGAAGACUACACCAUCGGCUUUGGAAAGUUUGUGGACAAAGUGGUGGAGCCGCAGACCGACAUGAGACCCAUCAAACUUGCCCAGCCGUGGCCCAACAGCGACCCUCCAUUCUCCUUCAAAAAUGUCAUCAAGCUGACCAGUGACUUAGAUUUCUUCACCAGCAAGCUUCAGAAUGAGAGAAUAUCUGGCAACCUGGAUGCCCCUGAAGGAGGAUUUGAUGCCAUACUCCAGGCAGCUGUCUGUGGGGAUAAGAUCGGCUGGCGCAACCACAGCACGCACCUCUUGGUCUUCUCCACCGAGUCCGCCUUCCACUACGAGGCGGACGGCACCAACGUGCUGUCGGGUAUCCUGCCGCGCAACGACGAGCAAUGCCAUCUGGACUCAACGGACAAGUACACAGAGGACACCAGCCAGGACUACCCCUCGGUGCCCACCCUGGUCCGUCUGCUGGGCAAGCACAAUAUCAUCCCCAUCUUUGCCAUCACCAACCACUCCUAUACAUACUAUCAGAAACUCUACAAGUAUUUCCCAAUUGCCGAGUUGGGUAAGCUGCAAGAAGACUCAUCUAACAUCCUCAACAUCAUGGAGAAUGCCUUUGAGAGUAUCCGGUCUAAGAUGAGCAUCCACACAGAGGACAGACCCAAAGCUAUCAGCACUCAGUUCUCCUCUACCAGUGGAGAAGUUAAGGAGUACGGGGAAUUUCAAGUCAAGCCAGGGGAAAUUGGCAAGUUCAAGGUGCGGUUAAGAGCUGAUCGGAUGGUGGAGGAGCAGCAUAUUUGUAAAAUGAAUCCGGAUGACAGAGAGGGCACAAUGAAAAUCAAACCCACAACGUUCAACAAUGGCCUCCAAGUGAAGGCUGAGGUUCUGUGUCCGACUUGCUCCUGUGAAAAGAGUUCUUCUCCCAAAGCAGUUCGGUGCAGCGGCAACGGAGACCUGGUCUGUGGGAAAUGUCAGUGCUAUGAAGGCUGGCUGGGUCCAUUCUGUAACUGCUCGUUGAGCAUAUCCAGUCGGGACACAGCCCUGUGUAAGGGUCCGGGCAUGGCAGAGCCCUGCUUCGGCCGUGGAGAUUGCCAGUGCGGGACAUGUAUCUGUGACAACCCAGACCAAUACGAAGGACCCUUCUGCCAGUAUGACAAGACCCAGUGUCAGAGAUAUGGAGGCCUUCUCUGCAACGACCGCGGCUUCUGCGUUAUGGGCCAGUGUGCGUGCUCUGAAGGCUGGGAGGGCUCGGCUUGCGAGUGUGCCAAAAGCAACGAGACUUGUUUGAACAGCGAAGGGAUUAUCUGCAGCGGGCGAGGUCAGUGCAAAUGCGGACUCUGUGAAUGUCAGGAUAUCGGUAUGCCGCUCACUCCAAACUGUGAGGCCAAUUUCCAGGCUCAGUUCGGGAUGUGUGAGGCCAAGAGGAGCUGUGUCCAGUGCGGGGCCUGGGGGACAGGAGAGAAGAAGGACGAGUGUGAGAAGUGUAGCUUUAAACCCGUUCUGGUGGACAAGCUCAAGGACGCGGGCAAGGUGAUUGAGUCGUGCAGCUUCCGCGAUGAGGAGGACGACUGCACCUACUACUACACUGUGGAUUACCCCGAGGACAGCGCCGCCAAGGAACUGGAGGUUCAGGUGCUCCGUAAGAAAGACUGUCCCCCCGGUGGCUUCCUGUGGCUCAUCCCUCUCAUCAUGUUCCUCAUGUUGCUGCUGGGGCUGCUGCUGCUCUGUUGCUGGAAAUACUGCGCCUGCUGCAAGGCAUGUCUGGCCCUGCUGCCCUGCUGUAGAAAAGGCCGUAUGGUCGGGUUUAAGGAGGAUAAGUACAUGCUCCGCCAGUCUCUGCUCACCUCAGACCAUCUGGACACACCCAUGGCGAGGACUGGCCCGCCCAAAGGCACCGACGUGGUCCGCUGGAAGAUCACUGACAACGUCCACCGAGGUCCCAGUCACCCCCAGGCUCAGAUCCAGCCCAACCCCAAAGAGACCAUCCAGUUCCCCGUCUCCCUGCGAAUGAACCAGAAGUUCUCAGAAAACCUAACCCGCCUUGAAUCUAGAGACACAGAAGUACUCCGCAAGGAUGUGGCAGACAAUUUAAAUGAGGUGUACAAGCAGAUUCCCGGGGCUCAGAAAGUGCAGAGCACCACAUUCAGAAUGCAAAGAAACGCCGGGAAAAGGCAGGACUUCACCAUUGUGGACACCGUGCUGUCUGCUCCUCGUUCCGCCUACCCUGAUAUUGUAAAGCUGACCGAGAAAAACGUCCAGUCCGGAAACUUCCACAACCUCAAAGUGAUACCUGGCUACUACACUGUGGCCACAGACAGAGAGGCCGCGGGCGCCGUGGAGUUCCAGGAGGGGGUGGAGUCAGUUGACGUGCACGUGCCGCUCUUCGUCAAGGAGGAAGACGACGACGAGAAGCAGCUGCAGGUGGAGGCCGUGGACGUGCCGCUGGGUAUCGCCGAGAUCGGGAAACGUUUUGUCAACAUCACCAUAAUCAAAGAGCACGCCAAGAGCUUGUUCUCGUUCCUCCAGCCGGCCUACACCUACAGCAGGCAGGACGGCGUGGCCAACAUCCCCAUCAGCAGAGAGAUCAUAGAAGACGGACGCACACAAGUCACCUACCGCUCACGGGACCUCACAGCUAAGGACAAGAAGGACUAUAUUACAGUGGAAGGAGACAUGACUUAUGGCCCUGGAGAAACCCAGAAGGUAGUGCCGGUUCGUCUGCUAGAGCUUGGGGAGAAAGAUGGCCUCCUGGAGGAAAAACAAGUGAAGCAGUUUGUCAUGGACCUCAGCAAUCCACAGAAUGGUGCCAAACUGGGACGCUACCCCAGAACCACUAUCACCAUCGCAGACCAGCCAGAGCCCAGCGUGAUGAUGUUCAAGAAGGGCACUCAGAAUUUCACUACAUCUGACCCAACCUACACGAUCCCCGUGGUCCGCACACGGAACCAGGACAGCCCCGCCACAGUCAAGUGGCGAACCAAGAAGGCCCGACACUUUGAGCUCUCUGGGCCUCUCAAAUUCGGUCCCGGGGAGUCUGAGAAGAAUAUAGUUAUUGACCCGCGGGGUCAUCCUGGCCCCAUCCAACCCGAAACCUUCCAGAUCGAGCUGUUUGACCCGAGUGGCAACGCUGCUGUAGGGGAACGCAAGACGACCCUGGUCAAUGUCACUGAUGGAGCUGGUCCCAGGUCUCCAGAAUUUGCACAGUUGAAUCAGCAUUGCUCCUCUGCCGAGGAUCGUCUCUUUUGUCCACUGAAUCCCGAGGCCACUGCCACCGGCCCCAAGAGCAUUCGCCUCAACUGGGACCCACCCUCUGGGAACCCCAUGGGGUACACGGUGAAAUAUUGGAUCUAUGGGGAUCCAGAGAAAGAUGCCCGGGUCUUGGACGUGAAGACCACUCAUGCUGAGUUGACCAACUUGUACCCCUAUUGUGACUAUGAGAUGCGUGUGUGUGCAUAUAAUAAUCUGGGCGAUGGCCCUGAUACCAACAUCAUCACCUGUCAGACUCUGGAGGAUGUGCCUGGCGAACCCGGCCGUCUGGCCUUCAACGUCAUCAGCCCGACAGUCACUCAGGUCAGCUGGGCGGAGCCUGCGGAGAUCAAUGGCGUCAUCACAGCCUACGAGGUCAUCUACACGCCCAUCGAUGAUGACAUGAAGCCUGUGGGAGCAGCGAAGAAGGUGAAGAUAGACAAUCCUAAAAAGCGUAUGUUGCUCAUCGAGAACCUCCAGAAUGCACAGACCUACCAGUACAAGGUGCGGGCCAAGAACAGCGUGGGCUGGGGUCCCUUCAGAGAUGCCACCAUCAACCUGGCCUCGCAGCCUGCCAGACCCCUCUCUAUUCCCAUCAUCCCAGACAUCCCCAUUGUGGAUGCGGAGGCGGGAGACGAGUACGACAGCUAUCUGAUGUACAGCAGUGAGGUGCUGAAAUCUCCUUCGGGCUCCAAGACCCCCAGCGUCUCUGGAGAUGAUCAGAUCAUGAAUGGGAAGUGGGACCACAAUUUCCUGUUCCCGGGGAGCUCCACCUCUCGAAACUUGUCGACGUCGUCCUCCCCUAUGUCCACCCUUAACUCCACCUACCGGGGGGCAGGGGGCUCCAUGACCACUAUGGAGACCACCACCUACAUGUCAGGACAAGGAAACUCUCUCUCUCGCAGACAGGACAGGAUGAUCGGUGGCGGUAUGAUGGAGGGCGGCAUGAUUGGUGGAGGAGUCCACACAAGGGAGGUGGUCAUGAGGAAGCGCUCGGAGAACAGGGGCUACAUGGAUGAAAACAUCCGGGACUCCAUUGUCAUGGGGGACGUGUCCAGCAAGUUUACCGACCUGGCGCUCGCAGGUGGGUUUGGCUACAGCGCGACUGAGAGCGGCAGCUCUCAGAGCCAGUUCGGCAGCUCUCAGAGCCAGUUCGGCAGCUCUCAGAGCCAGUUCGGCAGCUCUCAGAGCCAGUUCGGCUACAGCCUGUCUCAGGGUUUGAGGGCCCGGACCCACUCUUCAGAGGUCAACGAUGCCUUGUUUAACCUUGACCGGGUGCUCCAGGACACAAGGCUCUCCCCGGGCGUCCCAGACACCCCCACCAGGCUGGUGUUUUCUGCCCUGGGCCCCAUGGCCCUCAAGGUCAGCUGGCAGGAGCCGCACUGUGAGAACGACAUCCUGGGCUACUGCGUCCUAUACCAGCUGCUCAACGGAGGUGAGGUAAAGCGUAUCAACGUGACCAGCCCUGCGGAGAACUCUGUGAUCGUGCAGGAUCUGCUUCCAAACCACUCCUAUCUCUUCAAGGUGAAGGCUCAGAGCCAGGAGGGCUGGGGCCCAGAGAGAGAGGGAGUCAUCACUAUAGAGUCAGCCGUCGACCCCAAGAGUCCCCUCAGCCCUAUGCCAGGGUCUCCAUUUACUCUUAGCACCCCAAGUGCCCCAGGGCCCCUUGUCUUCACAGCCCUGAGCCCAGACGCCCUGCAGCUCAGCUGGGAGGAACCUCGCAAACCCAACGGAGACAUCCUGGGCUACGUGGUCACCUGUGAACAGCUGCACGGCGGCGGAGAUGUGCGUUCCUUCCAGGUGAAUGGGGAUAGCAGCGAGACCAGUCUGACCGUCUCGGACCUGAGUGAGAACGUGCCUUACAAGUUCAAAGUUCAGGCGAGGACCACCCAGGGCUUCGGUCCUGAGAGGGAGGGCAUCAUCACCAUCGAGUCUCAGGAUGGCGGGGCUUUGUCUCAGUACAACAGCCAAUCGAUGACGAGGAGAGACGUUUUCCACCUGCCAACGGAGGUCACCACUCGGACUAAUGUCUCCAACACAAUGUUCAAUGACCCCUACUUCUCAGCGGACGGGAUGAUGAUGACCACACAGCACACAGAGACCAGUGGCAUGGUGACGCGUCACGUUACGAAGGAGGUGGUUCAGAGGAGCAUCGUGGGAGGGACUUCCAUCACGAAGAAGAUCGAGAAUUUCUACGAAUCCUAAUGCGUUGCGUGUCUUAUCCAUUUCCGAUACAACCUAAGCGGGUUCAAAUCCUUUUGAGAGUUUCUGAUAAGGGGAAUUUGCAUCACAGUGUAUACACAUGAAUGAAUCGUGUGUGUUUUCACGCAAGUCUAUGUGAGAUUCUGCUAUGUAAAAGAUAUCUGCCCCCAACCCCUGUUGAGAUAUAUACACACAGAUAUAUAUAAAAACACUGGGAGGAAGACUGUCGGAGGGGCCCGGCGCUCAAGUCUGUUACACACUGUGGCCCAUAUCUAAACAUGCGGUUCAUUUCAGCACUCACGUUCCUUUUAUUCCUGAUAUUAAUCUGCCGCUUCUGUCGUAUCGCAAUCUGAAGUUCCUCCGCAGUACGCAAAAUCUGUUGGCGCACCUCUCCGCUCAUACUGUUGGUUUAUAUCUGAUAACACACGCUGAGCUUUUUAAAUCGGGCCAGCCCGGUAAUCUGACCCUGGAUCGGUAAUCCCACAUGACCUCUGCCUUCACGGCCGCCUGUACGGGUUAGGCAGGGCUGUGCUGCGCGGUAAAACCACCCAAAUGACACUAGCUGUGUGAAUGAAAUAGGUUGGUGAUGAGAAAAAAAAGGGAAUUAGGCAGCUCAGACUUUGUAUGAUGCAGCCAUUAGACACACAUAACACGACUUUCCAGCCAAUGAACCAGCGGUGUUACUCCGAAACGGCUAUCCAGUGGCGACUGCUGAACAGCUGCGUCCAUUGUUAUCGUCCAAGUAGCUGUAUCCCUAAGUGACCAAGGGUGAAC